AUGUCCGCAACUCACGAACCUGCAGCGAUACUGUCGCACCUCAAAAGUGCAGACGGCUCUGCAACGUUCUCUUACGCUGGCUAUACCGUUAUUGGCGCCGUGAAUGGGCCCAUAGAGGUCCAAAGAAGGGAUGAAUUGCCCGAAGAAGCUGUUGUCGACGUCGUCGUACGACCGGCUGCAGGGGUUGGAGGAACCAGGGAACGACAUCUCGAAUCUCUGCUGCAGUCUACACUUCGCCAGAUCAUUUUGAUCAGCAAUUUCCCUCGGACACUCAUACAGAUCACUUUGCAGGUGACAGUGGCCCCGGAAAACGAAUAUGUGAACACCAAAGUUGCACAAUCGAGCACGAACUUGUCCAUUCUACCAGCAUUGAUACAGACUGCCAUACUGGCGCUUCUAUCUGCUACAAUUCCGUUGACAGCAACGUUGACAUCUGCUGUUCUUGCCUUUGUAAUGGACGAAGGGGCUAACAAGAUUGUCGUAAACCCUUCGGCGCGGGAGAUCGAGCUAUCGCGGUCUCUUCAUGCCUUUGCCUUCACCUCGUACGAUGACCUCGUUCUUACCGAGAGCGAAGGCGAGUUCACCUUGAAGGAGUGGAAAGAUGCUCUGGAGUCCGCAAGAGGUCAAUGCUGCCGGCCACCUCAGUCCAACGACGAUAUUGACAUGAACGACGAGGUUCACACUGGCGCGGAUCUUAGAAAAUUCACACGAUCCACGAUGGAAACCCAAAUUGCUGCCGAUUUGUACUGGAAGUAG